AUGUCAAAUGCAGACCAGGAUAUCAUAGUCACCUUUGCCCCAAGACCAAUUGGAAGGAACCUCUCCACACAAGGGACAGACAGGGAGAACACAUGGAAAAAGGCAAGAUGUGUGAUUCAUCCUACUGGAAAGCUUUUCGUGCUUUCGGAUGGCGUAGGGAAACAUACGACUGUGGAGCUGAGCGAACCUCUAGAUGAGGAGAUCUCAGGAAUUAUUGAAGUAGUGGGAAGAGUAACAAAUCAGGCAACCAUCAUGUGUGUGUCAUACGUCCAGUUCAGAGAAGACAAAAGUCCAUUUGAUCUGGAACUCUACAAUGAAGCACUAAAAAUUAUUCAUGAAUUCCCUGAAUACUUCCCAUUUGGUACUGGGAGGAACACUUGAUUUUUCUUAGCAUAUAUUUAUUGCUUCAGGGGUGACAACAGUACCUGACAGCAUGGUAACAGUUGCAUUUAUUUUCAACAAAUAUACCGAAAACAUGCUGUUACAUGUGCUAAGUAUUGCCAAUGAAGAGCAUUUUCUUUGCAAAUGUAUUUAUUCAGCAAGGAGAAUACUUCUGUGGAUGUCUUGCUCACUGUAUAUAUCUAACCCUUUUGCAUCCAUGAGGAGUGUUCUCUUACAGGAUUAGAUGUGACAGAAACAGAAGUUUUGUAAGAAUCCUUUUGUUAUUAGGAGAGGUUCUAGGAUAUUUUACUGAAGUAAUUUGGUGGGGUUUUACUAUAAAGAUUUUUAAUUUCAGUUGCUUUGAUACAAAUUUAUUGAACAGGGGGCAGUAUUUUGGAUCUUGAAAAUGGUCUCAACCAAUAAAAAAGAUCUCACACUUAA